AUGGCUGCCGGGCUCGGUGACACCGCACUGACGGGGGCCUCUUGUCCCUCCAAGGUGAUAAACGCCCUGCAGUCAAAGCACCACUACGGUGAGGGGGAGGCGCGAGUCAUUUGCGAUAAGGUCCAGGCCAAGCUGCUGAAGGAGUGCCACGACCCCGCCAAGAUGUGCAUCACCGACCUGCGGAUCUCGCACUGGGAGGAGGCGAUCCAAGAGACGAUCGGGGGGGAGGCGAACCGAAACCUGGCCGCCGAGUGCUAUUUCCUAUGGAAAACGACCCGCCUGCAGCACCUCACGCUGGCCGAGGACACGCGGGGCAUGCUCACCGAGCUGCGGAAAGGGCUCCGCCUGCUCCUCCUGACCAACGGCGACAAGCAGACGCAGAGGGAGAAGAUCGAAGCGUGCGCCUGUCAGCCCUACUUCGAUGCCAUCGUUGUGGGAGGAGAGCAGAAAGAAGAGAAGCCGGCGCCAUCCAUAUUUCAUUACUGCUGCGAUCUCCUGGGGGUGCAGCCUGCAGAGUGUGUCAUGGUCGGCGACUCUCUAGAUACAGAUAUUCAAGGAGGCCUGAAUGCUGGCUUGAAAGCAACUGUCUGGUUAAACAAAGCGAUGACUACCCCGGUAGAUACCUCCCCAGUACCUCACUAUAUUAUUUCUUCUGUUCUGGACCUUCCAGCAGUUUUACAGAAGAUGGAGCACAAAAUUAAUGCUAAGUUAGGAACUGACCAUAUGGCUAGUAGUAACGAAGCACGCUGA